UUUUUUUUUAUCUUUUGGCCUUUGGCCUUGUCUUGUCUUGCCUUGCCUUGCUUUGCUUUCCUUUGCUUUACCGCCAAGACAUGCACCGUCCUAAUGCCCCACCCACACAGGAGCAUCACCAUGAACCAAUGCAUUCUCAAACGCCCCACCCUCGACAGCAGCAUAACCCAGUAUUACCAUCCACACCACCGCAAGCAAAAACAGGACAGCCAGAUCAACCAUUGAUCCAACCACCAAUCUCGACCCAUUCCAGCUCCUUUAAUCCCUCCCCUCCUACGUCUUCUCCUUCUUCCUCCUCCUCCUCUUCAGUUUCCGCCUCGAAUUGUCCUCCAACUCAUGAGCUUCUUCUAGAACAAGCAGACCAAUCACGCAGUGUCAGGCCCACUCCGUCCAUGGCCUCGUGUCGUUCCUCUGCAGCGUCAUCCGCUAGAUCAAAUUCACAUUCACAUCCACAGACAUCAAAGAAACAGCUGUGGCAGACGAGAAUAAAGUCUGGAUCCAGUGGAGCAGUACGCUGCCUUCGACGGAGGAUACCCAUUCUCACAUGGCUGGUCAGCAAUCCCGGGUACAACUGGAAGGCCCACCUGACACAGGACCUCUUCGCAGGCGUCACCAUCUCGGCUGUUAUCAUGCCUCAGAGCAUGGCCUACGCCAUGUUGGCCUCCUUGCCGCCCGUCCACGGCCUCUACACCUCCUUGGCCCCGACCGUCCUCUAUACAGUCUUCGGUACAAGCAGACACAUGUCCACAGGCACAUUUGCCAUCACUUCCUUACUCCUUGGCCAGUUCGCACACAAAAUCCUGUCCGAGCAGGGCUACAGCGAUGACAUCUCACCGGAUGGAGAAUACCAGCGUCGAUAUCUACCCAUAUGUCUUAUGCUGACCUUUCUUGUCGGUGUGAUCCAGAUCCUGCUCAGUAUGGCGCGACUUGGACGAUGGACUUCCAAACACCUCCUGCCUAUCGCACUCGUCUCCGGAUUUAACACCGCAUCCGCCUUCCAUAUCGGGACGCACCAACUUAAGCAUCUGUUGGGCAUGAAGCCGCCGCGAGAGGGCGGGAUUUUCAGCAUGAUUAAGACCUGGGUCUGGAUCAUUCAGCAUUUCUGGAGCGAUACUGCCUGGCCCACAUUAGCGAUGGGUCUUGCUGCCAUGGCACUCAUGUAUAUACUUCAACGGAUCGAGUACCGCAGGCGUUCACACUCUGGCCAGAUUGUAAGACCAUCCAUAACGGCCACCUCGCCUCACCCCUCAGCCGCUCUCACCACCUUUCCAUGCUUUGCGCGCACCAUUUCUAGUCCUUGCAUCAGUAACACCACUCAGUCUGCUUAUCCGAGCCUCACUCCGUCGCCAGUGGCACGUUCGACUUGUCAACGAGGAGUGGGCGUUCAUGGGACUUCGAUGAAAAGACCAGCCGAGCAAUGUAAGAGGAGCAUUGUUCCUAAAGCAGUUUCGGAUCAGGCCUUGUUGACACCUCAGGAUGUUGCACUGGAAAACGCAGAGUUUAUUAUCGAUAGUGACAGUAGUCCAUACUGGUCACCGGUCCUUUCACCUAGACGGAGUCUCGAACAGCCAGGAAUCCUGGAUUUACAAACCUCGACCAGUCAAACUUCAACCGAACCUGCUCGACCAGUCAUCAUUACGUCUGUUGGGUUUUCAUCACCCCAUUUGCACAAUCCAGUGAGUCCAGGAACAGCUGGCUUGACCAACACGGGAGCAUUUGGACAUCGUCAGGAGCGAACUCGCUCGCAAAGGAUACCAUCAACACCCAGGACCUAUCGAUACAAAUCCUUUCGCUCCCCUGCCACGUCAACUCGCAGCAAGCGACGAAUGCUAGAGGAAUCAGAGGAUGAACAGGAACCACUGCUUGAUAAUGCGCAUAUAUCGAAUGGGUCUUAUUCCAGGAGGGGAUCCGCGUGCACAGUGAGCCCUGUAUCUGAAGCUGAGGAAUGCUAUUCAGGAUCUGAUUCCAUGGUGUACGCAGGAUAUGGAUGUGAAUCACCAGCAUUAGGAACUUGCUCGCAUGCACCUGAAUCGGAAGAGGCUCAGCACGCAGGACGCUGCCGCGAUCUGCUCUCGCGACUUGUACCGACGGUUCAUUUUCCUAUACCCGAUAUCUUUAUCUGCGUCAUUAUUUUUACGGUCGUCACAGUCGUCUUUGACCUGGACAGGCGGUACCAGAUCGAGGUCAUUGGAUUUAUACCCACGGGCCUACCGACCAUGACCUGGCCUCUGACAAUGAUCGACCCAUGGUCAGCAUAUGACUGGAUUCCACUGAUCUGGCCAGGAAUCCUCAUGGCGAUGGUGGUCUAUGUGAUUUCGCUCUCGGUCGCCAAACAUUUUGGACGAGAAUACGGGUACGAGAUCGAUGCGGAUCAGGAAAUGUUGGCCUUGGGGGUCGGCUCGUUGGUCGGAUCGUGCUUUGGAGGAUAUGUGGGCACAGGAAGUCUGACGCGGUCAGCUAUCUUGGCACAGCUGGGCGCGAAGACUCCACUUGCAUCCCUGGUCGGAGCCUUCAUGGUGCUGAUGAGUCUGCUAUGGUUGACGGUUCUAUUCGAGAGAAUCCCUGACACAAUACUGGCGGCGAUUGUGCUGGUGGCACUAAAGGCGCUGCUGGCUCAUACGAUUGAGGCCAAGCGGCUGUGGCGGGUUGGAAGGCGUAAGGAGGCCCUGAUCUGGUGGAUCACCUUCACAUCUGUAAUUCUGUUCAGUAUCGAAGUCGGGCUGGCAGUUGGAAUGGCGACCGUGGUGCUGUUCAAGGUGUACAAAAAUGGAUCAAGAUGGAAAAGGACACUGGCACGGUCCAUGAAACAGUCGGCGACAUAUCAGAGGAUCAUGCUACUGCUUGGACUACAGAGCCCACUCUUUACGACCUCAGGGAGGGGACUUUACACGGGCGACGAUGAGGACGAUUAUUAGUGGACAUUGGUUUUUGUUUUUGCAUUCAUUCAGAUCAUUGUUGCAUUUAAUACUUUUGCAUUUGAUACUUUUACAUUUGGUACUUUUGCCUUUGUCGUUGUACUUUUUCCGCUUCUUUUCUUCAUGUAUUAGCACCUUGCAUUCGCGCGUUAUUCUUUGCGCUCCUAAUGAAAACAGCAUUUUAUUCUGAUC